AUGAAGAAGCUCAUCGUACACCAACCUAUCAGAGCCUUACUGCGUCAAGGUCUCUACCCAGAAGCCCUCCAAGCCUCCACAUCAACCUCACCUCUCAACCCAUUUCUCACAAACCAAACCUACGCUCUUUUUCUUAAGUCGGGUCACCGCCUCGACCCCUUCCUCGCCUCAGCUGUCAUUUCCCAAUUUGCCAAAUUGGGUCUCUUUUAUCACGCGCUUCAGUUCCUCAACGACACCCCUGACCCGGAUACAGUCUCUUACAACGCCCUCAUUGCUGGGUUGGCCCGCUCCGGCCGACCCGGACCCGUUUUCGAUCUCUUUGAUCGGUUGAGGCAUGUGGGUCUCAGGCCUGAUGCUUUUACAUUGAGUUCUUUGGUGAAGGCUUGUGAUGGUUUGGAAGAGAAUGAGAUUGCCCAUGGGGUUUGUUUGAGGUUGGGGCUUGGCUAUGGAGGUUUUGUGGUUAGUGGGUUGGUUGAGAAUUAUAUGAGGAAUGGGGCUGUUGGGUCGGCUGAGAAGUGUUUUAGGGAGUGUUUGGUUGUGGACAAUGUGGUUUGGACUGCUAUGGUUUCUGGGUAUGUUUGGAGUUGUGAGUUUGAAAAGGGUAGGGAGGUUUUUGUGGAGAUGAGGGGUUUGGGUUUGGAGUUGAAUGAGUUUAGCUUGACUGCUGUGCUUGGUGCAUUGUUUGAUGAGAAAGAGGGGGAACAGGUUCAUGGGGUUGGUGUCAAAAUGGGAUUUUUAUGGGGGUGUUCAGUUCAUUUGAGUAAUGCAAUUAUGAAUAUGUAUUCUAGGUGUGGGAAUAAGCAGAAUGCCGCAAAGGUUUUCGAUGAAAUUACUGACCCGGAUGUUGUUUCUUGGACUGAAAGGAUAGGAGCUGCUUCUGAUGGUGUGGAAGCUUUAGAACUGUUCAAAAUUUUGCACUCUGGGGAUUUGAAGGUAAAUGAAUAUACAAUUAUAAAUGUAUUAUCAGCCAUUGUAGGGCUGGGGAUGUUAAAUCCCGUUAAGCAAGUCCAAGCACUUUGUCAGAAGCUGGGGUAUUUACGGGUGGUUUCUGUUGGCAAUGUGUUAAUAUCCAUGUAUGGGAAGUGUGAGCAGAUUGGUGAUGCUAGGUCCAUAUUUGAUGACAUGCUUUGCCGAGAUUCUGUCUCUUGGAAUUCUUUGAUUGCUGGAUAUUCUGAGAAUGGACUUGUUACUCAGGCUUUGGAGGUACUUCGUUGCAUGCGUGAUAUCUCAUUACAGCCUAAUGGGUAUACUUUGGCUAGCCUUCUUGAAGUCGCCUCGAACUUGAAUGCCCCAAGGCUGGCAAUGCAAAUCCAUUCACAUGUGAUCAAAAUUGGGUUCAUGGUGGAUGAUCGUGUGGUGGCUUGCUUGAUAGUGACAUACGGGAAAUGCAAUUGGAUUGAUGAAUCAAAAAGGAUAUUUUAUGAUAUUAACAAGAUAAAUUUGGUACUUCUUAAUGCAAUGGCAACUAGUUUUGUCCGUUCCGGUUGUCAUGCUGAUGCUAUCAAUUUGUUCCAUAUCUCGAGGGGCUUGAAACUUGAAGUGGACAGUUCAACUUUCAGUACUGUCCUUAAAGCUUGUGGUGCUAUAACUGAGUUGGAACAGGGAAGAGUGAUUCACUCCCUGGCUCUUAAAACUGGAUUUGAUCAAGGGAGCUUUGUUGAAAGCGCUAUUAUUGAUGUUUAUUGUAAGUGUGGAAGCAUAGGUGACGCAGAGAAGGUGUUUAGACAUGCUUCCACAAACAAUUUGGCUUCUUGGAAUGCGAUGGUAAUGGGAUACGCUCAACAUGGUUUUCAUGAUGAAGUUUCGGAAGUAUUCAACAAGUUGUCUAAGUUUGGAGUAAAACCAGAUCAUAUAACUUACCUGGGAGUUCUUACUUCAUGUUGCCACGCAGGUCUUUUCAAAGAAGCUUUUAGUUACUUAAACUCAAUGCUUGAGCGUGAUGAUUUAAUGCCACAUAUAGAACACUAUGCCUGCGUGGUCGACCUACUUAGUCGACUUGGACUCCUGGAAGAAGCAAAGAGGACCAUUGAUCAAAUGCCCAUUUGCCCUGAUGCUCAUAUAUGGCAGAUUCUUCUAUCGGCCUGUAACAUCCAUAAAAACAUGGACAUGGGGAGAGUCGCAGCACAGAAGCUUCUUGAGUUGGAGCCUGACAAUGAAUCUGCUUAUAUUUUGCUUUCAAAUCUCUAUGCCUCAGCUGGUAUGUGGAGUGCUGUUGGAAAAGUGAGAAAGGAAAUGAAGGAAAAAAUAGUCUACAAAGAGCCUGGUUCUAGUUGGCUUCAAGUUGGAGGACUGCUUCAUUACUUUUUAGCUGACGACAAAUCACAUCGUGAUAGUAGAGAAAUACAUACGGAGCUAAUAAAGUUGUAUCGGCAAAUGUCAGUGACAUCAAAAUUGGAAAAUGACGGUCCAAGUUUAAUGAUCUAUGACUUAUAA